AGAAGAAGAAGAAGAAGAAGAAGAAGAAGAAGAAGACUCCGAGCUGUCCGACUUCAGGCGAGCUUUUUGAGACAUCCCCCGGCUGCAUUUUAAUCCCAGGUAUCGUCUGGGGGGCACGUAAUCAUCCCACGCAGAUCAUGCCGGAGACGGAACCCCCACUCUGAGUCUCCCACUGCACGGACCACAGCUCGUCCUCCCAGAUCAUCCCUUCACCCCCCUCAUAUCAUUCACAUGUUACUUCAAUAAACUUACAAACAUCACACUGUUGUGGCGUGGUUCCUGCUAGUGAACCAUUGGUCAAUAUACAGUAAUACACCUUAGUUUGGCCGACAGCCAGAGCUAUGGCACUUGAAAUAGAAUUCAGCCAGAACACGGCAGGCAAGUCGGGCAUGUUUGGAAUGAGUCCACAACACUCCUGAUUGGUUCAUAUAUACGUAAUCGAAGAAACCUGCCAAUGAGAACUGUCCGCGCCUGUGGUUCACAUUUGAAACAUCCAUGUCAGUUUCCUGCGAGCUGCAGCUGUCUGUAUGUCUGCUGCAGGAGUUUAUGGAUUCAUAUCGGGAUCGUUUUACAUCUACACGUUAAAUAUGAGCAUCGGGACAUCAACAAAGAACAGAAGACUUGCGAUCUGAGCACCAGUGGACAGUGAGGACUAUGGAAGAGAAGAUGUGAUGGCUUUGUGUGGAAAGCUGCUGAUGCCAGCCUGUGUCCCUCUCAUCAGUCUCUCCAGGCAGCACCCAGCUAUUCUUCCAUCAUGCAGAUGAAAAGACUUUGAUAUCAUCUGGACACAGCAGGAACCUACGCCAGGAUCCUCUUUGUGGACUUCAGCUCUGCCUUCAACACAAACCUCUGGCUGGAGGCUGCGCUCCAUCAGGACCAACACCUCUCUCCAUCAGGACCAAAACCUCUCUCCGAUCAGGAACCAGAAACUCUCUCCAUCAGGAACAGAACCUCCAGAACCUCUCUCCAUCAGGACCAAAACUCUCUCAUCAGGAACAGAACCUCUCUCCAUCAGGACCAAAACCUCUCUCCAUCAGGAAACAGAACCCUCUCUCCAUCAGGACAAACACCUCUCUCCAUCGGACCAACACCCUCUCUCCAUCAGGACCAAACCUCUCGCCACCUAAACAAGGCCCGCCCCCCCCCCCCCCCACUGACACUUUACCUCAGCCACAAAACAGCAAGGCCGUAUGGGGAGACCGUGCCCCGGCCGUACUACGUUCAAAAAACAAAUGCACCCAAAAACCCCUUGUAUCACACCCCUUCCUUAUACAUUCUCUCACCCUUUUUUUAUACACCUCAUCAUUCAGUAGUUUCGCAUUCAAGCACCACAUACCCCCGCCUCUCCCAUUCAUCUUCAGCCCCAUCCUGAGACUAAGAACCAUAUGAUCACUCAACGCUGUGGUCCUAUAUUCAAUCUUUCCAAUCUUUUCAUUCACAGCUUCCGAGCACAGAGCUAAAUCCAUCCUGCUCUGCAUAAGUUUAUCUUUCACCACUCGUCUCCAAGAAGAUUCUCUAACAUCCGGAUUUCUUUCUCUCCACACAUCUAUCAACCCAUUCUCAUUCAUUAUCUUUUUGAGUGCCCCCCUCGAGGAGUCGUUACUAAAACGAGCACCCGCAGGUGCAUCCAACCUUCCACACCGCACAUUGAAGUCUCCCACAAUCAAACAGUCCCCCCCACAUUUACCAUCCAACCCCUCAAAAAAAAUCCUUCUCUCCCUCUUUUUAUUUGGUGCAUACACAUCUAUCAACUUAAAAGUGUCCCCCAUGUAUUCAUACUGUACCCCAAUCAUCCUCCCUUCACCAUCAUCCUCAACCUUCCUUGCAUUCUUCACAUCCCCCGAAUUGAUGAGUAUCGCCACCCCUCUAGCAUGCUCACCCCCAUUAUUUGCAAACACUUCACCCAUCCACUCCUUUUUAACCUCAUCCACACUCUCCCCAUCCCAAUGUGUUUCCUGCAGACAUAUGAUGCUGGCCUCACAUAGACUUAGCGCCCGGCUUCUUCUGAACUUACUUUUUAGACCAUUACUGUUUAGGGAUGAGAUGGAUGCCAUCAAAAGGGAUGUUAUUAUAAUAAACGUCCUUUGCAUCAUUACCUUAAACUGGUUUCUUUCCCGAGCUCCCCCUCUGUCGAACCCGCUCUCCUUUUCUCCACCUCCCUCUCCUUGUCCGCUUUGCGUCUAGCAAUCAGCCCGGCGUUCUCCGCUGAGGUCUUCUUCUCCUCCUCGCGCCUGUUUCUCCUCAUGCCGCGGCCCCUCUGCUCAUCAUUAGGGCUCCCGAAGACCAUGGCGCCCCCCGGGUCCUCCGACAGCUCUCCCUCCUCCAUUCCGGAAGCCUCCGAGAUGUCUUCCACCACUCCAGGACCCCGACACUUCUUUCCCCCUCCGCUGCUCCCUUCGGCGCCUCUGCUGCUUCCGUCGGCGCCUCUGCCGCCCUGCCUGGCACUUUUCUUGCUCUUUCCCACGUUUGGUGCUUUCUCUUCCAUCACCGAAGCCCCCUAGAUGUCCUCCACCACUGGACCUUCAUCUUCGCUGCUGAUCUCAUCAUGGGGUCUUUUCUUUGCCCCCUCCGCCUCGUCGCCUUCCCCCCCGUCUUCCUCAUCCUCCUCGUCUUCCUCCUCUCUCUCUUUCUCUCUCCGCUCUCUCAGCUCCAUACCUGCACUCCUUGGCAUAAUGCCCUUGCUCAUUACACCUGUAGCAUUUAAAGUCUGGGCAUUCUCUGAAGAUGUGACCCGGCUUUAUACAUAACCUGCACACUGGAACCUGGCCAUUGUGCAGGACCCGGAAGUACUCCGCCCCCUUCGCCGUGUCGAACUUCAUGGAAUACGGUAGGGAGCGGACCUUAUUAUUAAACCUCACUCUCAGGAACCCGGUGCCGUCUACAAUGUCCGAGUCUGGCCACACUCUUUUUUUUAUGUCCGAGAUGGGCUUAACUCCCCACUCCUCAAGCCUAUUUAAUAUCGUUUUAUCCAGCAAAUAGACAGGCAGAUGCAGGAACGAGACGGUCACAUCAGUGCUCAUAAUGUUUUUUGCGUGUACCGCGGCCCCGUUCACUCUCAGCCCCUCCAUAAGUUUCAUUUUCCCCAGGAUGGUCCUCAUCGUUACUUCAUACUGUUCUCCCGUCACUCUACAUCCAUCCACUGCCCCACACUGUUUCUGUAUUCCUUUAAGCAGGUCCAUCAUAGACAGUGACCCUUCCACAACUACUUCCACAGUUAAUUCCACACUGUACCUCGUACUCUCCAUCUGCCCCUCUUUUCCUUCCCCUCCCGCUUUCUUGCCUUGUUCUUGCUCUUCUUCUUUGUCCUUCCUUUCGUCCGCCUUAUCACUUGCCCUUCCGCCUUCCAUGUUCGGCACCUCAGCAGUCCUGUCCACUCCAGCCGCAGUUGCCAUCAAAACUCUCGUCGCACCAGAUCACAGCACCGGGGGGGGCCCAAACGGCAAGGCCGUUUGGGGAGGCCGUGCACUCAAUCUUGCACUGAACCAUGCAGCCAAGAGAAAGGUUAUCUGAAACUGCCGGCAAAACUUUUAUAACUUACAUUUUACCGAUCACCGGUCAUGUGAUCACGUCACGUGACAAUGACGUCACAUUCCCACACAUAUAUAAAGAAGCAGCCUGUCACUUGAAGCUUCACAAUCUCCAUCAACGGUUCAGUGCAACUUCAACAGACAGAGACGGUGACAUCAUCAUCAUGCUGGUUUUCCUCUUCCUGUUGGGCCUGGCUCUGGGUGCUGUGUCUUCUUCAGAUGACCCUGAAAUGGUGCUUGAGCGUAGCAGCUGUCCCUCAUUCUGGUUCUCCUUCAACGGCCGCUGCUACAAGUACAUCGCCACAAAGAUGACCUGGGCUGAUGCAGAGCUCCACUGUCUGUCCCAGGGAGGCAACCUAGUGUCUAUCCACGGUAAAGGAGAAGAUAAUUUUGUCAAACUCCUGAUCAAAAACUUUGACCUUGCUCAGGGACCAACAUGGAUCGGACUCAGUGACAUCCACAAAGAAGGAAGUUGGAUGUGGUCUGAUGGGUGUGUAGCCAAGUUUUUCUCUUGGAAAAAAGGAGAACCAAACAACCGAAAAGGUGAAGACUGUGUACACAACAACUGGUCAGGGAUGUGGAAUGAUAGGAGGUGUUCAACAACUCUUCCCUCAGUUUGUGCAUCUCGCACAACUUGUCCUUAGCAACUGAGAUGUUACGUAUUCACCUGUUUUGUUAACAUGCCUUUGACAACAAUAAAGACACAGAUGUACACUUGUAUAUGUGUGUGAA